GUCCCCGCAGCCUCCCUCUUACACACACACGACUCGCAGCACUCCAGGACACGCCUCGCAGACUACCAUUCCUCGAGACACCCUCUCCACACGUUCCAUGUCUGCUCAAAACCCCAUCAGGAGAAAGCUCGUCAUUGUCGGCGACGGUGCCUGCGGCAAAACAUCAUUGCUUUGCUCGUUCGCGCUUGGUGAAUUCCCCAAGGAAUACCAACCAACCAUCUUCGAGAACUAUGUCGCCGAGAUCCGGUUAGACGGCAAGGCCGUUCAGCUAGCACUAUGGGAUACUGCAGGUCAGGAGGAGUACGAGCGACUGCGGCCAAUGUCUUACUCGAAAUCACACGUUAUCCUCAUCGCGUUCGCCAUCGACACUCCCGACUCCCUCGACAACGUCACUGUAAAGUGGAUAGAGGAGGUUCGUUCGAUCUGCGGUCCGACGAUCCCCGUUAUUCUGGUAGGAUGCAAGUCGGACCUGCGACCGCCCCCUGGUUCCCCAAACUACUCGGCGUACGUAUCACGAGAGCAGGCGGAGCGCGUAGCCCAGGCAAUCGGCGCGCGGGCGUACAAGGAGUGUUCCGCGCUCAAGAUUGAGGGCGUUGACGACGUCUUCGAAGCGGCGACGCGAGCGAGCAUGCUCAUGCGUGAGGGUGUCCCUGCACAUGCGAGCGGGCACCAGCACAAUCGGCUGGGCGGAAGCAUGGGUCAUCGGAGGAACUCGAGCGGAGAGGGCUGGGAGGACAAAGGCCGGUGUUGCGUGAUCUGCUAGUCGCUGAUCGCUACAUGCCCGAGGCGAGAUGGUUGCGGGCGACUUCGCUACCUACCUGGCCACCGUCCCCAGCCACCGACAGCCACGCUAACCCAAUAACUUCAAGCCUCUAAUAUCGCCCUUAUUAUGACUCACUGUCGCUCGUCCCUCGCCCGCAUCACACACACUCGUGUAUACUUCGCAUGCUCCUUGCUCGCUCUCCCAUCUGCACACUGCAACCCAUUGCUACCGCCCCUCCCCCCGCGGCGCCCAUCCCCGCUACGUUUCGCACCCCUUCACCAUCACCAUCAACACGGCGGCCUGCGUAGUGUCACAUCCUCACUUCAUCCUACCCUAACCCGACUCAUCCACGCUGAACGCACACACGCUCCUUAAUGAUAUCGUCCCUGCUUCGAUUACACGGUCGGACAUUGACUUGGAAUGGACUAUUGCUUUCAACCUCACUCUCCUCCUUCCUAUCUCACCCUGUCCCUGUUCUCCCAUGCGUCCGUCGACCCGUCCUCACUCCGCUCUGACCUCUCUCGACCUCGCCCGUCACCCCCUUGUUCCGGCGUAUACAUACAGGCUCAUCUGACAUACCGAUAGGAUGAUAUGCAUGCACCCUGAUACGCUCGCGGAGGUGUGAUGUGUGGAGUAGGUGCUAUCGCGGAUUCAGUACCAUCUUGGUGGUGUGUGGUUUUUUGCUUAUCUGGUGAGCGCGUGAGCGUCCGCUGUCAUUCGCGCGUCAUGAUUCCAGCUGCGUACCUGAGCACGGAAGGCUCGUCAGUAUGCAGGAACGUGCUGCUUCUCAUCGAGCUUAGGCCAAGAGGCGUAAGUGCUUCCCUGCGUCGAGCUUCGUUUGCACGUGUCGGGGCUGGCUUCGAGCUUCUUGCUUCUGGCUUCCGUUCUUUGCACUGCGCUUGCUCCACCAUCGGGAGACGGAGCGCCUCCGUUGAAUGAUCGUGCAUGCCUCGAGGGCCUGGCUGUGGGCUGGGAGGGGCGACUUGCCCAGAUAAGCUACGUUGGGUGUCCGAGACUCGGGAACAUGGGGUACGGUGCGUUUGCUGCCGGCGGAUGGGGGGCUAGACGUGUGGAGCAGCAGGGCACGUGUACGUUUGGAGAGCGGCUCCGAUUAAUGGGGACUGGAUUCGGUGGUACGUGCCUUCGGAACGAGACGGAGGACGGGUCUUUGUGCGCCGUCUUGGAGGUUUACGGGCAUCGUCCUUGUCGUGUUGGUACAUGAACCCAGAUUUCUUGAUCGAAGACACGCGCGUAGGACACCGCGGUGGAUUACAGCCAGGCGCUCCAUUUACGAAGCAAAAGAGUUCUACACAUUGUGAGCAAGUCCCGUAAUGUUAUUUCAAAGCAGAGUCAUUCCUUGGUGAGGUAUAUUACAUAUGCAUCAAUCCAAGCCCACGUUGAAAUCCUGUUAAUAGCAGAACACAGCAUCGUAGCAGCAAGAGAACAUGAGAAGAUCAACCAACAGUAGGCAUAUGGAGCGGUCGAAUGCGCACAGUCCCGUCGUGCGAGCCAGAAGCAAGCGUCGAGCUAUCCGGAGAGAAUGUGACGGCCGUCACAUUGUCGCUGUGCUCGUUGUACGUCGCAACAGCAGACCCGUCCUCCGCCUUCCACAGCCGUACCGUGUUGUCCGACGCCGCUGACGCGAUGUAUCUCCCGUCAGGAGAGAACUCGACGACGUUGAUCAUGCUGUCGUGCCCAUCCAGCGAUAGCUGCCGAUCCCCGCUGUACGAGUCGCACACCUUCACCGUAGAGUCGCUCGACCCGGACGCCACCCGCUUCCCGUCGGGAGAGAACGCGACUGUCCACACGGGGCCGCUAUGCUCGUGGAGGAUGACAAGGGCUUCUCCCGUCUCGGUCUUCCAAAUGCGACUGCUGCCGUCGUCGGACGCGGUUACGAUGCGCUCCCCGUCGGGUGCGAACGCCGCAGAGCACACCAUGCCCUUGUGACCACGUAGCACCGACUUGGGCUCGAGACUCGUCAUAUCCCAGACGUAGCAUUCGCUCUCUGUCCCACCCGUCGCCGUGUAGCGACCGUCGGAAGAGAACACGACGAAUGUGACUACUGCGACGUGCUUGCUCAGUUUGACUGGGUCCUCGUAUGUCUCGGUGUUCCACACGAAGAGGGACCCAUCGUACGCGCCCGCGACGAGCUUGGAGCCGUCCGGCGAGAAUGCGAGGGAGUGGACGGCAAUGUGCGGCUCGAGCCUCCUGAUCUCCUGCCCGCUCGUGACAUUCCAGAGGAUGAUGUUCUGGUCGUUUGAGCCAGAGGCGAGCACCUCGUUGUCGUGAGAGAAGGCGAGAGCCGAGACGGUGUCCUGGUGCGGCGUGAGCUUGUACAUCAUGUGAUCGCCGCGUACGUCCCAGAUGAUGACCGUCGCGUCUUCGGAGCCACUUGCGGCGUACCUGCCGUUGGGGGAAUAUGCGAGUGCAGUGAUGGACCCAUCGUGGACACUGGCCUGAGCACCUGCGAUGAUGCGCUUCUGUCCGUCCUUGUCUUCCUCAUUCUCGUCGUUUUCUGCAUCCUGUACAUCGUCACCGGUUUCUGUGUACAUGGCGGCGAGAACGAGGACAUGAUUUCAAUCCCGAGACACUCUCGAAAGCGAGCGAACGAGCUUACGUUCUGCAUCGGAAGGGUUGGGUAUUCUUUGAUCGACAACGUACUCGGCAGACUGGUUGAGUUGCUCCGUAUUCUCCUGUGUAGUAUCAUCCACGGCUCGAGGACCCAAGUCAAGCUGCACCGCAACGGUCCCGACUGCUAGGCGGUUAGAAAGAUGAAGUAGUGGAAUGAACACGACACACCUCCAUCCUCGUCCACAUCCACUGUGGGCUUCAAUUCUUUCAGAGCGCCGGCUAUAUCUAACGGGAAAUCCUUGUCCUGGACUCGGAGGGUUUUCAUUAGAGACAGAUAGAUGGAGGAGACGGGGCCAAGUACCUUGAACAGUGCGUAGAUAUCUAGAUCCGAUGCGAUUGAGACAGAAGCAUCAGAAUUCUCAAGAAUGUAGUUCAAUAAGUCGUUCACUGGAUUCCAGGUACCACCCGUCUUCGACGCCUGUUCAAACUCGUCUUCAUCCGCUCCCUCAACUCCCUCAUCGGCUCUUACAACCACAUCCGCUCCAUCUGGCCCAGGGGGUGGAAGCUUAUCUGAACCUGCUGCAGCCUUGAUCGCAUUAAGAAACCACAGUCUCCGCUUCAUCUGAUAGUAGUGGAUGAAGAGACAUUGGUCGUUCAGCUCCUCCAUCUGAACUAGGGUCCGUUCACUGUCAUCGGCUUUGACCAGCGGGACAGAUGCAGGUGCGGCAAGGCUUCUGGAUGGCCCGAUCUUGCGAUGCGUCUGAGGCAACGUAUUAUCUGCGAUGCUCACGGUCAUGUUCAGACCCGCGACUGAGCUGAGAUUGGCCGUCACAGAGCCCAUCUUCUUCUUGCAAUUACCCUGCAGCGCCGCCACCGCCCACCGAGCUGUCUUCGUCGUUCCGCACACAAACAUGAUAUCCUGCUCCUUGAGGUCGAGCCCGUACUUCUCGUUCGCAUACUCCAUCCAGUGCGCGAAGUUCAGUCUCAUGUAGUUGAUGAUGUGGCGUCUGGACUUGAUCUCGGUCGUGAUGGCGGCGGGCGAGAACAUGAGGAAUGCACCGUUGUUGUCCUCACACGUAAAGGAAAAGCUGGCUCCUGCCGAUGCCGUUGCUAUGGGACUAAUGUUAGCCUGCCCAGAUCCCGAAGCAUCAACCGUCUUCACAGUCUGGCUGCAGAGUGGAGGUAUCGCAAGAGAUUUCAUGGGGCCUCGUACGAUAAGAUUUGGAGGGUUGAAUGGCGUAAAGUCGUUCGGUACGUCUUUGCGUAAUUGAUCUUCCUCCAACUUGAUCCUCGAAUUGAAAAGCUGGAGGAACGAUCCGUUAUCCAGCCAACCCACGUCUCCAAGGGAGACCUCCCUAGCAGAAGGGUCGGGUUCUGGGAGCCAGAGUGGAUAACCGAACCCUUGAGGGAACAGCUGAUUCGCGUAUACGUUCCAUGGGGGUUGAGCCAUAGCUUGAGCUCGUGUUUGUGACGCAGGACGAGGAGCGUAGGAUGGAUAAAGGGACGCGUCGAGGUCACCAGCAGAUGUAUAUCCAGUAUCUCAGACAAGGACAGAGCCUAUGAGGUAGCACAAGGACGGGAACUUGAAGCUGUGACCUGCAGAAACCUAAUAUCGAGAAGCGUGCAUAGCCUCGUUGCGCGUGCACGAGGCAGUUAGAGCGCCAUAGUAUCAGUACACACUCACCUACCAUACCACUUGUCUCGACCAU